UAUACACUCUUUUCCUAUCCUUUCUUCCAAACGGUACUCAACAACACUCAUAUUUUCUCUUCCUUUUGUGCAUAUAUAUUCCACUUUUCUUAUUUCUUCAAAGUUUUCUCGUCCUAAAGGUUAGAAUGGCAUACUCAAAAGUGAUCAUUGCUUUAAUGUUCGCAUUAGUAGCUGGAUCUGCUUUCUCUCAGGCACCAGGAGCAUCUCCAGCAGCUUCUCCGAAGAGUUCUCCACCGCCGGCGGCGACUCCUCCUCCUCCUACAUCAACACCUGUCUCCGCUCCUACUACUGCAUCUUCUCCAUCAGAAUCUCCACCAACUGUAGAUACUCCGGCAUCAUCUCCUUCUGGCGCUUCUCCUCCAUCUAUCGCCGCCGCUCCCGGUGGUUCUCCUACUUCCUCUCCUAACUCUGCUUCCUUGAACAGAGUCGCCGUUGCAGCAUCUGCUGUUGUAGCUGUCUUUGCUGCUUCUUUGAUUCUUUAAAUCUCUGAUUUGUGAGAUAUUUUGUGUUUUCAUUCGCCGGAGUUGAUGAGUUAGGAUUUAUUUAUAGCUUAUUUUCACUGUUUUUUUUUCUUUUUCUUUUGGACUUUUACGGGCGCCGGUAGUCGUGACCGCUGUUGAUAUAGUGAAUAUUUGUUUAUUUUUCGUUUUGUAAAUUAGUUGAGAAUUUUCAAAUUUAUGGUGCUUCUCAAU